GGAAGUGCAGGAACGCCUGACUGCUUAUUCCAAAUACUCUCCAAAAUCUGAGGUGUGGAGCUGGUGAAAGGCUGAGCCUGUCUCCGACCGAGCUCUGGACUAGACUUUUCUUCCAUUUUAUUGUGUAAACUCCCACGCUGGGACUCGGGCCCGGGCUGCUUUAAAGAACGCUUUCUGAGCGGACUCAGUUUAUGGAUAUGAUCACGUGUGGAAAACAGGAGCCACUGUAUGGUAAUAACUGCUGUGUCAAUAGUGAGAGGAAGUGAAUAAAAAGCGAUGCUUCUGCGGCACUUCAUGUAUGUGUUGCAGCGAGUUUAGGAAUGAAGCCUGUGCUUUUAAUCGCGUCUCUUAUAUUUGCUCUGAGAACGGACCAUGUCAGCUCUCAGAAGUGGGUUAACCUGGUUAACCAGCCUGUAACUCCACCAGCAACAAGAGUCAGCUGGACGGCCGCUGGAAAUGACCUGAAUGUAAACACCGUUUCUGCUGCAGACGCCCAGAAAAGCAGUGAAGACGAGUGUGACAAGGUGAUGAACCUGUCUGCCAGUCAACGCUGUGAGUUUGUUGUGACCACCCCAGAUUGUGCAGCAGAGGACGGCUUCAUCAACUACCCCUGGAUUACGUUCUGCUUGCUGACACCUCAACUCCUGCCUCUUGGCAUCUUCCUCUAUGUUCUGUGGCUCAUGGUUUUGUUCCUGGUUCUUGGCCUGAUUGCAUCAGAUUUUUUUUGUCCCAACCUCUCAGCUAUCUCUUCUUCUUUGAGGCUGACGCAUAAUGUGGCUGGUGUAACAUUCCUAGCCCUUGGGAAUGGUGCUCCAGAUGUGUUCAGUGCAAUGGCUGCCUUCUCUAGACCACAGACAGCUGGUCUGGCCAUCGGAGCCCUGUUUGGGGCGGGGAUCUUUGUGACGACGGUGGUGGCUGGGAGUGUUGCCCUAGUGAAGCCCUUCACGGUAGCAUCUCGCCCUUUCCUGCGUGAUGUCAUCUUCUACAUGGCUGCUGUGUUCUGGACUUUCACCAUCCUCUAUAAGAGGCAGAUUGAACUGAAAGAAGCUCUUGGAUAUCUGGGGUUGUAUGUGCUCUAUGUUGUAACUGUGGUUGUGAGUACAUAUGUUUAUAACCGCCGCCGGGCUCGUUCUUUCCGAGGCCCUCUACAGAACUCUGACUUCACCCAUGACAUACAGACUGCGGACUCCUGUACAGAGAAUCUUAAUGGAGCCAUACAAGUGCAUGAAGAAGAGUAUGAACCUUUGAUCCCUUUCACUGAGACAACCAGUAAAAUCUUUCUGAAAGCCAUUAAUCCUGUGGACACUAGGACUUGGAGGAGGAGUCACUGGGGCUGGAGAGCACUCAAGAUUAUCCAGCUGCCAUUUGAAGUGGUGUUGCUGUUGACAGUUCCAGUUGUAGAUACUGAUAAGGAAGAUCAUAACUGGAAACGUCCUCUUAACUGCUUGCAUCUCAUCACCGGGCCACUGGUGUGUGUGCUUACUUUCAACUCAGGGACCUAUGGUCUGUACCUCAUCAAGGGAGAGUUUCCUGUGUGGUUGCUUACAGCCUUAAUCGGAGUCUUCCUCUCAGGCAUAGUUUUUUGCACUACUACUAAUGACCACCCUCCUCGGUACCACUUUCUCUUCUCUUUACUAGGAUUUGUAGUGAGUGCAUUAUGGAUUAGCACGGUUGCGUCAGAGGUUGUGAGUGUGCUCCAUCUUCUGGGUGUUAUCCUGCGUCUCAGUAACACUGUCCUGGGGCUCACACUGCUCGCAUGGGGCAACAGCAUUGGAGAUUGCUUUGCAGAUAUUACAAUAGCCCGGCAGGGAUACCCACGAAUGGCCAUUUCGGCCUGCUUUGGUGGAAUCAUCUUUAAUAUGCUAUUUGGAGUUGGUCUAGGAUGUCUGCUGCAGAUGUUCCAUACUGGUGUUGUAAUGCUGGAGCCAGAGGGCUUACUGUGCUGGGUGCUGGCAGGAGCCCUGGGUCUCUCUCUGGUUCUCUCCUUUGUGCUGGUGCCCCUGCAAUGCUUCCACCUCACUCGAGCCUAUGGCAUCUUCCUCCUGCUCUUUUAUGCUGUCUUUCUCACUAUUGCACUCCUGACAGAGUUUGGAAAGAUCCACACGUGAGGCUGUAACAAACAUUGACUGGACCAGUACAAGGGCAUUACACACUUUGAACUGUUAUGAAUUGUCUAUUUUAGAAACAUUUCAGAUUUGUACUGUUUCAGAGAUGUAACAAAACUUAUUUUUAAGUGACAUGACGAUUGAAUCAGGAGACUGGAGUUAUAUUUUAAUAAACACAGCCCUUCAAGGGGAAAAAGAA